AUGACAAUGGCUGUGGUGCAAGUGUGGAUGUUCGAGGAUGUGUCAGGAUCACGGUCACUAUCACAGAGCGUUACGGUUGUGGAAGGAGAGUUUGUGGCGCCCUCGCCCUCCCAUUCGAUGCGCUCCUUAGCGGAGAAGCAGACCGUUCUACCCUGCCAGUACCGGUUGAGUGGCGAGGACGAACUGAUGGUGCAGGUCACCUGGUACAAGGAGAAGCCUGAUGGCACCAAGGAGCAAAUCAUCGCUGUACAUCGUACCGAGGGACAGACAGCGUUUGGACCGUGGUCAGGCCGCGUGCGGUUCAAGAGCAGCGACCCCAUGGUGGACUCCUCUCUGGCCAUCAUGAGCACGGAGGUGUCUGAUGAAGGGAGCUACGUCUGCCACAUCAGCGUCUUCCCAACAGGGAACUUUGACAGACAGCUGUCACUCACUGUCUGGACUACCCCCAUCUCCUCCCUGGAGCCCGUGAUUCUUGUGGAGGGACAGUCGUACGGACUGGCGGCCUCCUGCCGCUCGGUGGCCCGCCCUUUGCCCCGCCUAUCCUGGGACACGGACCUGAACGGCCAGUCCACCAACCGAACCUCCGAGGGCGGGUCCGUGUCCUCCCACUACUCCCUCCACCCUCUGAGGAGCAUGAAUGGGAAGAAGCUGGACUGUCUGGUGUGGCACCCGGCCCUUGAGCAACCCCGCAGGCUACACAACAACUUGGUGGUGCACUACCCGCCGCACGCAGAGGUUUCUGGCUACAACAAGAACUGGUAUGUGGGUCUGGAGACAGCUGCCCUGAGGUGUGUGAGUGGAGGAAACCCCAAACCACAGAGUUUCACCUGGACCAGAAAGGGAAGCGCCUUGCCGGAAGGUGUGAGCCCUCAACCUAAUGGGACACUGGUGUUUGGGCGACCCCUAAGAUUGUCCGAUGCUGGCGUCUACCAGUGUGAAGCUGCAAAUGAAGUCGGGCUGGUAAAAUCUGAAGUAGAUGUUACUAGGGUGUUGCUGGACAACCUGCUGGUGAUCGUCGUGGUGGCCGCGGCUGUGGGCCUGCUUAUCAUGAUGGUCAUCAUCAUCAUUGCUGUCACGUGCCACCACAAACGCAAGAACAAGAAACUGGAGAAGGAGCUCACCGAGAAGAAGGAAGAAAUAAGCACUCUCUCAAGACAAGCUUCUUUCAGAAGAGUGAACUCAGUUUGCACAGACGUUAGACAGACUGAGGAAAACAUCCCGCUGAGAGUAGAGGGAACCCUCCGGACCAGCCAGUCGUCCUUAGGGGAGCAGGCUCGCAGCCGAGACAGCCGCUCUACUCUGUCGGGUGGACGGGGGGGAGGUGGAGGGGGAGCAGGGGGGCUUGACUACCUGGGCCGACCUUUGCUGCACAACAGCUCGCGCAGGGGGAGAGAGAGGACGAUAGACAGAGAUGAGGAAAGUCGUCUGCGAGUGGAAUCAUACGUGAGAAAUAGCACCAUGUCUCUGCAGGAAAAUCGACUUCACCCUCCUCUCCUACCAACUCCCUUCCCGCUGAUACCGUCCACCGAGCUUCUGAGGUCCUUAAACGGCAGCUCGAUUAUCCCGACAGAGGGUGGCGCGCUGGUGGUGAACGCCGGGCGGAAUCAGCAGCACUCGCCGAUGAACUGCGGCUACCCAGCAGUCACGGAUGAGGAGGACGAAGAGGAUGAAGGCCUCGGCGGUCUGACGACCCCCGCGAGCCAGGGGCGACACGACGACCAGGACAGCGAGACCAACAGCUCUCAAGUGUCUGACGCCCAAGGCUCCCACUAUCAGCAGACGAACGGCACGCUGAGGCCCAAACCCCAUCCUAACCCCAUGUCUACUAGUCCCCACGCCUCCCUCAUCCACAAGGCCCAGAUAGUUUGA